CAUGGCAAAAGUAGAAAAAAAGUAAAAAAGAAAAAGAAGAAAAAGGGGAUGUAACAUUGGUGGUGAGUCGUAGUAUAGUUGGUGUUGGAGAAGCUGAAACCCCACAAAACCCUCUCCCGCGGCCGUCCUAUUUUCUCUUUGCUUCCUCUUCUCAAUCUCACUUCUUCUUUCUUUCUUUCUUUCUUUCUUUCAUUCUUUCAGGUGAAAUCAUUAUUCUCUAUUCUUCUUUCCAAUUUCAAUCGCCUUCCUUAACAUCUGGAUUCACUCCCUUUCGCAUUGCUUCAAUCGGAAGUGUUAUGGCUAUGAUGAGAUCCGCCUCCGCGGUUGCUCUUCGUGGCCUCAGGAGGUUCUCUUCCAGAAGGCCAGUUUCAUCUCCAAUCAUUCAGGCACAGGAACAACCCACCUCCGACCUUUUAGUUUCUGAUAUGGCCAGGGUAGAGGGUCGGACGUUCCGUGAACGAAUGGCAAAUUACAUGGCUACUCUUGACAUCAAUUCACAAAUUGGAAGCUGCAUGCCGCUUGGUGCAAUGCGCAUUGGUACGAUUAUCCACAAUAUCGAGAUAAACCCGGGCCAAGGCGGGAAGCUGGUGCGAUCAGCAGGAACAUUUGCAAGGAUAUUAAAACUGCCAGAGGGAAAGUCAAGAUGCUGCUUGGUGAAACUCCCUUCACGUGAAGAGAAGUUCAUUGAUGCUAAGUGCAGGGCAACAAUUGGUCAGGUAUCUAACCCGGGUCAUGGUGCCAAGAAACUGAGAAAGGCAGGGCAGAGUCGAUGGUUGGGUCGACGACCGACGGUUCGAGGAGUGGCGAUGAACCCAGUGGAUCAUCCUCAUGGAGGGGGUGAGGGUAAGAGCAAGAGUAGUGGGAGCCAUGGAAGGGGGUCUCGGACACCUUGGGGGAAGCCAACUAAGUGUGGUUACAAGACUCGAUCUCCCAAGCGCAAAAGACAAGUGUAACCACGUCUCGGAUCAUCUCAUUCAGUGACCUCAUUUUGGACACUAAGUUUACUGUUACUCGAGUGAGGUGUUAUACACUUUCCUAUUGAAAAAUAAAAUCAUUUACGGGUUAAUGUAUCUCUUCUUUUAAAUAAAAAAACAUUUCGGUGGUAUUUUGUUCGAGGAGGAGGAUUGUCGGAAGUGCAAACAAAAUCUCACAGUAACUAGACAAGAGAGUGAUUAUAAUAUAUAAAUGAAGAUAAUUAUCUCUAUCGA